AUGAUAAAAACCCAAUCACCAAGAAAGCAUGAGAUCAGAAACUUGCUAAUUCAACGAACUCAACGAAUUGGAAAAGCAAAGACGGGCGCAGAUAAAACCAAAAAGACUGCAGCAUCGGGAGCAAAGGAUUCUAAAAUUUCUCACAAUAAUCCAAUUUCAAUAAAAUACACAAACCGUGCCCCCAAAACUCUUACCUCCAAAAACUCCCUUGCAAAUACCACAGUUCUAUCAGAUCAAAUGAACUUUGACAGCCUCGAAGAAUUCACCAGCAAGGACAAAGAUGGGCUUGAAAAGAUGAUGCCCCAUUUACAGCUAAAAUCUCCAGGAUUUUUAAGGCAAAAUCCACCUGACGAGCCAAAUCAGAAGCAAGAAAUAGUAUCAUCAAUUUCCUCCAAUAAACUUGCUCAAAUCUGUUCCCCUCUCAAAGAAGCAGGCAGCAGUAUUUUAAAAAAUAAGACACAAGAAGAAAACGAAAAAUCACCAACCCAAAUAUGUUUUGGGCCUAGACUAAGGUUUGAGCAAGUUUCACACUCAGACCAGAACACAGCAAGGCAGCAAGUUGAAGAAAAAGAAGGAACUGUUGAUUCUUAUAUAAUUGGGAAUCAAAUUGGGAAAGGAGCUUAUGCUAUCGUCAAAGAAGGAAUCCACAAAGAAACAAAUAAAAAAGUGGCAAUUAAAAUAUACGAUAAACUGAGUCUUCUUGAGCCAAAUAAAAAGAAAAAUGUUCAAAGAGAAACAAGGAUUUUGUCAAAACUUAAUCACGAGUUUAUAGUAAAACUUCAUGAAACAGUAGAAACACCUUCAACGAUCAAUUUGGUGCAAGAGUUCGUAGAUGGGUGCUCACUUCAUGAUUAUAUUAGGAAAAUGCCAGGCAGGAAGCUUCAAGAGGACGAAGCUAAAAGGAUUUUUAAAGAAAUCAUGCAAGCAGUAUGCUAUUUUCAUAGUCGAAAUGUAAGUCAUCGAGAUAUAAAGCUUGAAAAUAUUUUGCUCACUUCACAGCUAAAAGUAAAAAUAAUUGACUUUGGCUUUGCUAUUUUAUUAUCAGACACCAAAAAAAUAAAAGCAUUCUGCGGAACUCCAAGCUAUAUGGCUCCAGAAAUAGUAAUGAAAAAAGAGUAUUUAGGACAGCCUGCCGAUAUAUGGGCAUGUGGGAUUUUAUUAUAUGUUCUGCUCUCAGGAGAAUUUCCAUUCAGAGCCGCACAUCAUGGUGACUUAUAUAUACAGAUCCAAAGGGGAUUUUAUGUAAUGCCUGAAACCAUAUCUGAAGGAGCGAAACAGCUUAUUCAGAAAAUGCUUAAUUAUGAUCCAAAUUUAAGAUCGACAGCAAAAAGUGUACUAGAAGAGCCUUGGUUCCAAAGCUAA